GGUUAUAGUUGAUGUGGGAGUGUUUUUACAAGUUUAAAAUUUCAGUGAAAUUUUAGUUAAUUAUACCUGUGGAUUAUCGAAAAUAAUAGAUACCGGAGAAAAUCGCCCCAGAACGAACCAAAGGAACGGCAAAGGAACUGACCAAGGGAAUAUCGCAACCAUGGAAUUAUCGAGCGGAUUCAAGUAUAUGAUCGAACAAGUCGCACCGAGAUUUCAGGAGGAUGUAAUAAGGGCUUUUAACAACGAGGGUGUCCGAAAUGCACUAAUGCACAACAAAAACCAUUAUAAUCACAAAAUGGAUAACAUUUUAGUCUUCAUAGGUGACACGAAAAUAGAGUUGAGCAAACUCAUAUUCCCAUGGACCCCCGACUUUCGAAUAGUCAACUUGACCAUGAACUUCUCCAUGCUAUGUCUGGACGUCAACUUGAAGCUAGGCGACCUCAGAGUGAAGGGAGACUUCGAGGGCUACAAUAUCACUUUGCAGAAUCUGCUGCCCGCCAUCCUCGCUGGAAAGAUUGAACAGACAUUCAAAGAUGUCGUGGCCACAGGUAGGAUAGGAUUCCUGAUAAGGGGAGAUUCUAUGGUACUUACAAACUAUGAUAUUAAAUACGAACCCUCAGAAACCGAUAUCUCCGUCAAAUACUACGCCAGCAACGGGAGCGAGGUAGAGACUAAACGUACGAAGCAAAACAGCGAAAAGGACUCGCUAAGAGACGCCGUAUGGGUCGAGCUAAGCGAUAUUUUAACUCGCCUAUUACACUCACAACUGGGCGAAGUACUGGUGGAGCGUUCUCUAACGGAGUUGUUGUUGGGCGAAGACGAAAACUUAAGGGAUUUGGCCAGGGAGCACUCGCAGCGAGCCAACAAACUGCUCGACACUCUGCUGUGCACCGCUAAAGAUUAUAUCGUGGACAAGAACUACAGGUUAAUCGAAACCCCUCUGAUCAAUGCGGCCUUUAAGGAGAAACCCUCGGGGCUGUCUCAGGGGGCGUUCCAGACGGGCUACGGAUUCAUUAAGGACCUUUCGACGCUGAGCAGGGUGCAGGAUUUGAGCCUGUACGAGGAUAAACAGAGGCUGGUGGUGUACGGGAGCCUGACUCUGAGGGAGUUCAAGCACGGCUACGACCACUACUCGUGCUCAUUCGAGGACAUCGUGACAGCUGGUCAAGUCAAGGCGACCAUAUACAACAACAAGAUUUUCGUCAAAGUGACGCUGUUGAAGGAGGGGGAGAGGUGUAAGACGCAGCUGGACAACAUCCGGGUCAGCACGAUCCGAGACAUCGACGUGGACGCCUCGCGUCUGGCCUCUCUCAUUUGGCUAGCGCCGAGAGUAGAACGCUGGGUCAUCGGCAACCUUCGACACAUCGCCGUGCCGGUGUUGGAGAAACACAUCACGGAGGCCUUCAACUAUGCCAUCGGAAAAACGGACUGCGUAUCACUACUUAUUAACUACUGAUAAUUUGAAAGAUAUUCUAAUAUUAUAUAUUUUGUUGAAAAAUACAAGUGUUUGAUAAAUAAAUGUUAUUUGUUGCGAAA